UUUUAUAAAAAACGAAAAAUUUUAACUGUGAUUGGACAAUAUGGAUCACGUGGUUUACGCCGUCGAAAUAUACUUUUUGGCGCUACUUAUUCUCAAACCCUCUGGAAAUUUACUGGAGCGUGUUGCGUUUGUUUGCUCAAACUUUAUUGAUACUUUUUGGAUUAUUGGAUAAGUAUUAUUUAAUAAUUUUAUCUGUGUCUUUUUACUAGCAAACAAACUACAGCUAGGUACAUCUUUUAGUAGAUUUACCUACCGUUAUAUCUGAUUUAAAGGGACUGUACGGUAAAAAUAAAGUUGUUUGUAUAUUUCAAGUUAUAAAAAAUAACUCACGAACAUAUAUUUCUUUUUCCAUAAAAGUUUCUCAUAUCAUUCAUAUCUGCAAACUUUUUUCAAUAACAUGUUGAAGCAUGCCUUCAUUCUUUUUGUGUGAAUGUGCGCAAAAAAGACUGGGUUAAAACAUUAACAUGCGUAAUUAUGCAUGUGACGUAAAGCAAUUCAGAAAGAAAGACAGAGCGAGCGAAAUAUAGAGAACACCCCCAGCAAUGUAAUGUAAGUUUUUUAGUAGGAAUAAAAUGUCUUCGAACUUUACUGUUAUUGGAUUUCAGUACGAACCAGAAAGGUCAGAGGCAGAAAUAGCGGCACAGCCGAGGCCUGUGUAUAACGACGACGGCAAUGACCAAGUACUUCCAUGCGAAAAUUCUAGGAUGAAUAAACCUGUUAAUGAAUGGUGUCGAUGUGGGAAUUGCGAGAGAAUGCCGACGGGCAAAGAAUGUCUACGCUGUGUUGAUGUGGAUGCGAUAAAAUACUUUCAUCUCAACGAACAAGAAUGCAUUACACAACACCCUCAUUUUUAUUGGGUUGUCCUACCCAAGGACGCUCUUUGGACUGCCUUAGUUGCUCUUCACGACCGGGAAAGUCGGGGUAUACCAGAACGCGACAAUGUACCAAAUAAGUAUUUUCUGUUUUCCUUUUUUUCACUACUUCAUUUACAUGAUAUAUAUGUUAUUUAUUCAUAUUUUUGUCUGUUAAAGGUCUUAUAGAUAUGCUGCCUAUCGUCAGUUUUGCUGAUUCGUACACAACAAACUAGGAAGAGGUGUGAGACGGGUUAUACCAGCAUGCGUUGUUUCCCGUAUUAGGAAGGAAUACCCGAGCACAGAUGGCCAAUACACUGGGUUUCGAGGUGAUGAUGAAGGGGGAGAAGUGGCAGAAAUGGAUUUGUUGUGGACAGAGGAUGAGUAAUCAUCCGGAAAAUUUGUUUUAUAUAUAUAUGUACAAUGAUAGUUAUUUACAAUUAGUUUUAUAUUUACGUUUUUACAAUUUUAUUCGCUUAUAUUUUGUAGAUUUUUCAAUUAUUUCUGCACGUGCAGGUCUAUCAUCAGGAGCAAUUUUCAAUGGGAGUUGACGCUUCAGCUGACUUCGUUUCGAAGCUUUCCUUUUGACUUCAGCUCGUUUCAAUAUUUUCCUUGUAAUAUGCGAUAGGUAACUAUAGUCUUUAUCGACUUUCACAACCUUUGCCACAAAUCGUUUGUUGGGCUUUGAAUAUGCCACCUUGAAAAGAGGGGUUUCUACGCCUUCCUCGUCGACUUUGCAUUUCUAAAUGAGAAAAAGACUUAUUGACAUUACGAACAAAUUAUAUAAGAACAUGUGCGAUUCCGUACCCAGCGCUUCUUGCCUGCGCUGGUACGAGGUUGAGAACAUUUUUGUGUUACAACGUUUAAAUAACGCUGUUUGUCUAUGAAAUGAUAGUUACCUGUUCUCUGUCGACGUUGUGGUUGUGAUCCAAAAUGGCAAGCUGUGUUCCAGCCAACAUCUUCUCCAUUUUGAAAAAUAUGGACUUAGGGAGACAUCGUAUUUUCAAGGAAUGAAAAACUUCCAGGAGAGUGGUAUGGAGUUGUUCCGUCAGCUUUUCCAUAUCUUUAACAAGACUAGGUUGCGUGACAACUUUCACCAACUUGGAGUGGGCCUCAGACCCUAUCACAAGCCACUGUUUUCUGUUAUUUUCAUCUUCAGUCAAUUCCGGAUGUUCGCAUUUUUUAUAUAUUUUAUUCUGAUGGAAUGUAUGGCGAUUGACUGAAUGGUGAAUGAUAGAGGUUAAUCUCUCAACCAACUCCUUUCCGUUACCAUGACAGUUGUGAAUCGACCAAUAAAGGUGAUUAACAACUGCAGGCGCCCAACUAGCAAGAAUUUUCAUGUCUGAAAAUAACACAACACGAAUUAAAUGCCUCAACAAAUAACGCUAACUGUUGUAUUUAUAUUGUGAAGAUAAAUUCUAUGGUUUUAAAGAGAGGAUUUAUUUACCCUUUUUUUUCGAUGCCUUGAUUAACUUUUUGAGCAUUCCCUUCCCAAUGUGCCAAGGAUCAAAUUGAUGGAUAAUAUUGUUGAACCUUGGGUCACAUCGCAUCAGCUUUUUUAUCGAAGCGUGCCGAUCAGUAGAUAUGACACGUAUGGGAAGCUUCAUAUCUUCUUGUAUUUCUUCAAUACAGCGAAUAAAACCUUCCUUUUCCAUGGAUUGUGACGUACCAGUCUAUUCCUAUUGUGAAUAUAACGAAAUAAAUAAAUCGAUUUACUGAGUCAUUGAAGUCAAAGUUUCAUUAAAAGUAAUUACCUUGACAUGCACUAUCUUGAAGUUCAAUACUUUGUUUGUCUCGAAAUCCAUUGCUGAUACCGUGCUGUAGGUGGCAUUGUGACCAGGUGAGUCACAUUGACCGUCCACAGCAAGUGCCAACUGUCGAUUUGUUAUUAAAAUAUCUUCGGCCAACAUCUCUUUUUCCUUGCGCCACGCAUGAUCUAUCUCAGGGUAAACAAAGUCUCCCCUGUGUUGAUAGUAGGUUGAUUUUGAUAUAAAUUGAAGAUUCAAAUAUUACAAAAUUUCAGCAUCUUAUUAAACGUAAUACCAGCCAAUUCGAUUGCUGCUGUUAGAUGAAUAUUACCAGCACCUUUCGUAUGAACUUUUGGUUGACUUGACCAAACGUAAUGACAACCUAAAGAUGGAGUACUACUAGUUAUUUAUAUUCGCUCUGGGAACGAGGUUGAAUGAUUUAAUUAUACAAUUAGUCUUACCCUUUAAACAUGUCAUGUCGCACAUUAAUUGACUUCCAGUGUUUUGAAUUAUGCUGACGUUUUGUUGAUCGACAACUGAACCACACUUGGAACAAUAUCGUAGCAAUUCUUUAAUACACGACU